AUAACAUCCUUCUCUUUCUCCUCCCCCAUAACAUCCUUCUCCCAACUCUCAACCUAGUACUCGCCCUCGCUUCGCGCUUCUUCUUGAGCUCUUGCGAGCCGCUGAUCAUCCUGCGCUCGGCACUGGAACUGGAAGCUGUUUGAAUAACAGCUCCAAGGUUCAAAGGAACCUUCGUUUGUUGUAAGAUGUAUAGGGCAAAGAGAGCUGCACUGUCACCAAAGGUAAAGCGCCGUGUUGGGAAGUAUGAGCUCGGACGCACCAUUGGGGUGGGAACCUUCGCAAAGGUCCGGUUUGCAAAGAACACUGAAAAUGGGGAGCCUGUUGCUAUCAAAAUUCUUGACAAGGAGAAGGUUCAGAGGUACAGAUUGGUUGAACAGGUCAGUAUCAGGCAAUUCCUUUCUAUAAGACCAAGCACUAGUUUCUUGUCAAAUCUUUUGUCUGUCCAUAUCAUGAUUCAUAGAUCAAAUUUCAAUUAAUUAGAAAUACCGAAGUUUAAAGUCUUAUGCUCCCUAUUUAAGCCGUAUAUGACUUUCCUAUAUGGUAAGACGUUCAGUCUGCCAAACAGUCAAUCUUAUCAACGUUCCUGACAGUCAAAGAUGCAACAUGUGGUUUCCUUUGUCAAAAUUCACUGUCAUCACUUAUAUCUUUGUAUCAAAAGAUAACUCUAAAAUCUUUGUAUCAAAGGAACAACGUGGAUAAUGAAUUUUCUUCCUUGGACGUUGCCGUGUCAGCAUGGGAUCAUAGGAAGAUGAAACUCCAAUUAAGAAACGAUUUCAUAUCUACAUAUUUGCAUGCCAUCAAGAUAUAUCCACAUGGUGAUCUUCCAGUUGAAGUCAUACUACCAACUCAAUUAAGCGUGAAAUUUGCACUAUGAAGUUAGUCAAGCAUCCUAAUGUUGUUCGACUGUUUGAGGUGAUGGGAAGUAAAGCAAGAAUUUUCAUUGUUAUGGAAUAUGUUACUGGCGGAGAGCUUUUUGAAAUCAUUGCUACUAAUGGAAGGUUGAAGGAGGACGAAGCACGGAAAUAUUUUCAGCAACUAAUCAAUGCAGUUGAUUAUUGCCACAGUAGGGGAGUGUACCACAGAGACUUGAAGUUAGAAAAUUUGCUGCUUGAUGCUGCUGGGAAUCUCAAAGUAUCUGACUUCGGUUUAAGUGCUUUAACGGAGCAAUUGAAGGCUGAUGGUCUGCUUCAUACUACAUGUGGAACUCCCAAUUAUGUUGCUCCUGAGGUGAUUGAGGAUGGAGGCUAUGAUGGCGCAACAGCGGAUAUUUGGUCUUGUGGAGUAAUCCUCUUUGUUCUUCUUGCUGGUUAUUUACCUUUCGAGGAUGAAAACAUCAUUGCCUUAUACAAAAAGAUCUCCGAAGCUCAGUUUACAUGUCCCACAUGGUUUUCGGCGGGAGCUAAGAACUUGAUUGCCAGAAUUCUUGAUCCCAAUCCUACAACUCGGAUCACCAUUGCUCAGAUACUGGAAGAUCCUUGGUUCAAAAAGGGAUACAAGCCUCCUGUUUUCGACGAGAAAUAUCAAACUAGUUUUGAUGACGUCGAUGCUGCUUUUGGAGACUCAGAAGACCGGCAUGUGAAAGAGGAAACUGAAGAUCAGCCGACCACAAUGAAUGCAUUUGAACUGAUUUCACUAAAUCAGGCACUGAAUUUGGAGAAUUUGUUUGAGGCAAAGAAGGAGUAUAAAAGAGAGACAAGAUUCACCUCGCAAUGUCCUCCUAAGGAAAUAAUCACAAAGAUAGAAGAGGUUGCAAAACCACUUGGAUUUGACAUUCAGAAGAAAAACUACAAGAUGAGGAUGGAGAAUCCGAAAGCAGGUAGAAAAGGCAAUCUAAAUGUUGCAACUGAGGUUUUUCAAAUAGCCCCGUCCCUUCACGUGGUUGAGCUCAAGAAAGCAAAGGGAGAUACUCUGGAGUUUCAAAAGUUCUACAGAAGUCUGUCGACCCAACUGAAGGAUGUUGUGUGGAAGUGCGACAGCGAGGUCGAGGGCAACAGCGCGGCGGCAUGAAGCGGCCUCCUAAACUUCCAGAGGCCGGCGCUGGCCUUUCCCUGUACAUAGCUUCUCUUUCGGAUGACCGGUGUCCAUUGCAGAGUCGGCUUUUGCAAGCCAAGUUCUUUGGUUCAUUGGUUGAUGGCGAGUAAGCUCCGAUGAAACAACCGUCUUCAAGGCCGUUGCGGAUGGGCUUACUGGUGGGUUAGUUCAUUUUAUAGUCAAGGCUGUCGUAGUCCUGUAGUAAUGAGGUAUUGAUGAGGUGCACCAGAUGGUGUGAGGGAGUACCGAUUGUUAGCUCAAGGCUUCAAACUUAGCCCCCUUCAGUUUGUUCUAUGGUGUGUUACUUCAGAAUAAACACUGCUUUUAGAAGUAUGAGGUGAGCACAGUUAGCCUG